GGGAGGGGGGCACCCACAGUGUCUCUGCUGUGACUGUGUAUCACUUCAGAUGCUCAGACAGAAUUAAAAAAUGCGCUCCUCCGCCUUGUCACCAGUGUUGUGCGCAUUUUCUUGACAAGCCCCGCGUUGCCACAGCAUGGUGCUCGGACUCAGACGCACAGCACCGUCUUCAUCCACGACCACCGAACUCUCCCGGACGCAUUAUUAGAGCAGCAGAGCGCGUACAGCACCUGUUCCCACCUUCACACAGAAGAGAUGCAGGAGGUGGGCAGUUCCCAGCGAGGCUCCCAGCGAUCCUUCAGCGUCCUGGAUCGUCUGCUGCUCACACAUCCUGUGUGGCUGCAGCUGUCGCUCAACCAAGAGUCAGCCCUCUACAUCCUGCUCAGAGAGCCUGUUGGGACUUUUCUAGUGCGCAAAUGCAGCUCCAGCCAGAGGAAGGUGCUGUGUUUGAGGGUGACAGCAGACAGAAGUGCCUCCUCUGUUAAGGAGUGCUUCAUCUGUGAGGAGGACUCCACGUUUGCCUUGGAGAGCUCGGCACUCAGCUUCCCUGACUUGUGUCGGCUGGUGGCCUUCUACUGCAUCAGCAGGGAUGUGUUGCCUUUCCCUCUGCAGCUACCAGAAGCCAUCGCUAAAGCUACAACACACAGGCAGCUGGAGGCCAUCUCACACAUGGGACAAGACUUCUGGAGUCCACUGAGUGCUUCAGACAUCCAAAAUGGACCAGUGGAGCUAGUUGCAUCAACCAGCAGCAGCCAGGCCCAGACCCAAAGUUCUCUGCUGACUCGAGGCAAACAAGGCAAACUGUGCUUCAUCAACCCGCUUUUCCUGCAGCUAGAGGUCAGCAAGCAGCCACAACUCACAAACCACAGUGCCUCCAAUAAACGGCACCGCUUCAAGCGCAGCAUGCGGCUCCGGCUCUCUGAGUCCUCCAUGAACCUGUCCCUGGAAGGAGUUGGCUCCUACUCACCUCCCCCAUCAGUGGAACAUCCUGGUGGGUCCGAAAGACUGCAAACCAACCCUCAGAGGAGAGUUCACGCCGGGGCAGGCAUCCUGAGGAGAACCCCUGCUGUGUCUCCUGGGUCAGCAGAGGAAGAUGACCUAAUGUCUGUCUAUGUGCCGCAAACACCUGCCAAGGUGGAGGAGCCUCCAAAGACCCAGCAGGAGUCUGGUAUCGAGGUGGCAGUUCUGGCCGUGGACCGUCGCCCGGCUCCGUCUUUGGCUGAGCUCGACAGCAGCAGCUCCUUCAGCAGUAUGGACGAGGACAAUGACUCAGAUUCAGAUCCAGAAAGCAUGGCCCAAACCCAAAUGCACACCUACAAGCGUCCGCCGCUCGUGCGUGGCCGUGGCCGUGGUGGGCUGCAUCGUAUGAGUGAAGCGUUCGUGUGUUUCUUUGCUCCGGACAAGCGGCUGACUCGACUGGUGGAGGAGCUGUCCAGAGACAGGCGCGCCAUCUUCGGUGGCACGGUUCAGGACUUCCUCCUGGAGCAGAGAGAAGUGCUCAAAUCCCUGACCUCGGCUUCAUCAUCCUCCUCUUCCUCACCACGUGUGACCUCUGUGCAGCUUCUGCAGAGCCUUCGCCUCUUUCUGUCCCAAGCAAAAUGCUGCCUGCUGGACAGCGGAGAGCUGGAGCCUCCCAUUGAAACCCUGGUACCACAGAAUGAGAAAGACCUGGCGUUGGAGCGGGCCAUGUUCUCCUGUGUGCUCCGGCCUCUCAAGUCCCACCUUGAGAAAGCCCUGAUCGCUUUGCACAGUCAGGACGGCUCCAGCCAACGUCUCACCCAGAACAUGCUCCGUCUGAAAGGGGACGCCGCCAUGGAGCGUCUUGGCGUGAGGACGGGCGUCCCGGACAGCAGACAGGUGGAGAGGGUGAAGCAGAAGCUGAUCCUGAUGCAGCGGACGCAUUCCCCCAUCGACAAGGUGCUGCUGCUGCUGCAAGUGUGCAAGUGUGUCCACAAGGCCAUGGGGUCCUUACAUGGACAUGAAGUGAGUUGGGACGACUUCUUGCCGUCGUUGUCUUACGUGAUCGUGGAGUGUAACAGGCCUCACAUCCUGAUAGAGGUGGAGUACAUGAUGGAGCUGCUGGAGCCCUCCUGGCUCGGAGGAGAGGGUGGGUACUACCUGACCAGCGUGUAUGCCAGCCUGUGUCUGAUCCAGAGCCUGGACAAGGACCAGCCGAUCUCAGGCUGCCUGACUCCGGAGGCCCAGGAGGCGCUGAAGGAGUGGAGCUGCAGACGGAGCCGAGAGGCCCAGAGACAAAAAGAGAAUCAGCAGAGCCAAAGGUGCGUUCGGAUACUGUUCCAGGACGGGGAGCGGAGUGCUGUGCGGACGUUGCAGUGGAGAGCCGGAGAGACGAGCCAGGCCCUGGCACAGCUGUGUGCCUCCACCUUCGGAGUGUCCGACCCGCAGCAAUACACCCUGUACUGGCGCAGCGGCGGUGAGAUGAGGGCCCUGCCGCCCCAGGCCCAGCCCCAGGACCUGGCCGGCCACAGCGAGGGAGGCCCCUCGCUCUCCUACCUGAGGACCGACCACGACUUCAGCAAGAUGCGGCGGCUCACCAGAGGUGGCGCCGUGGACCUGAGCGAGUCGGUGUGUGAGGAGUGAGUGGGAGGCAGGCAGGGAGGAAGGAGGGAAGAGGAGGAGGAGGAGGAGGAGGAGGAGGAGGAGAUGGAUGGUCGCUCUCGCUUUCUCGCUCUUUCUCUCUCUUGUUCUGUCUCUUUCUCUCCGACGGUGUGUUGUGUCUCGUCGUGGGUCAGGACUUGUUGUGAAAAACUACAGCCCUUCUCCAGACUAGGAGCAGACCUUAAUCGGUAAACUCUUCCCUAAAUGGACCAACAUGCAGAGCAGAGCAGCACCAACAUAGGGACAGUUGCCAAAAGUUGUACUAUGUACCACUCAGUGUGGCUGCCAGUGUAAAGGAGUGUACUAUUUGUGACAUGGAAAAUGUGAAAUAAAUGGAAUUUGUAAUGUGAAACAUGAACCCAGAGUUAUACCAUGAAGGGAUUACAUCAUUAAAACGUGAGGAGGCUCAAAUCCAAAGACAAAUUCUGUGAGACUACUGUUGCCUGGAAACAAAAUCACUUCCUGAACGCACACGAGAAGGCAAAUUGUCCACCGUGCUGAUGUAACCCUUUCACAGUAUAGUUCUGGGUACAAUCUAAAAGACACUUGGAUGUUUUAUUACUUCACUUGUAUGUGUAAAAGUCUGCAGAUCUUUGGAUGGAACUAUGCUGUUGAAGGAGGGGAAUACAUUUUGUCUAAAAGAUGCGAUGUGUUAUAGCCAAGACCAAACCUCAAUACCAAAGUGAUAUGAAAAACAGACGAAGAGAGGCCACUUUGACAGACAACAGGUGUUUACUUGGAAAGAAAUCAGGUUUUUCAAGCUUGAGGAAAGCUUUAAAUCAGCUGUUUAUUUUUAGAAUUACCCACACAGACAAUUUUAUUUUUGCUUUUUUGAGAAAAAAACACAGCAUCUCCUCCUUGCUUUGCUAUUUAAUGGCUUUGGCAGGUGGAGUAAUGGGCGAGUAGGAGGGAAGUGAUAGAAAAGCAUCAGCUCUCUGUUUUUAAAGCCGUGCGAGAAAGAAGAAAAGCACUUCACAUCGACACGCCGAGACAACCUGCAACAGAUUUACUUAAUGACUUGCGAAUGUAUUAAAAUCUUUUUUCCGUGUCAGAGUUUUAAUCCUUUCAGAACUGCAUUCAUUCCACGUUUCGAUUCACUGCUUUUGAGUUCUACUGUUUCUCUUGGCCGAACUGUAAGAUAACAUUGUGUUCUGAGCCGACUGAGAGGACAGUCUGACCAGUACACCAGGACCUCAUGGUGACUGGUAGAAUGUAAAUGUACACGUCACCAGCUUCUGGUGCCUCCUGCUGCAAGUCAUCACUAUCAACUGACUGUUCAAACUCAGUGUCAUUACCAAUUAUCAUAUUGUGUAUUUAAAAACUAACUUUUAAUCGUUCAAUUUGUUGGGUAGAUAUCAAACCUAAGUAUGGAUUUCUGACAUAUCUGGAGUUUUCGAUCGGCUGAGGAGGUUCAUUUUGGGAACUAUGACGUGUUUUGGACAUUAUUGCAUGCUUUUUCAUUUAACGUGAAGGUUCUGCGAAUGUGGUGUGUGUGUGUGUGUGCGUGAAGCAUGUGUUCAUUGUGAGAGCUCACUAUUUCUUUUCAGUGUAAAAAACACAUUACUGUAUUUUUGUCAGGUAACUCAGUAUCGCAAUAAAAAAUGCAAUAUC